CUUUAUCAUACUCUCACCAAUGGCCUCUCUGGAUACGGACUUAACUUGUGCCAUAUGCUUAGAACUUUUUGUGGACCCGUGUUCCUUAACGUGCAUGCAUUCAUACUGUAAAGCUUGUAUCAUAAGUUUAAUCAAACACGACAGCUCAAAUAACAGUACAUUAACUUGCCCGGAGUGUAGACACGUGGAAAAUAUUGGUACUCGUGGUGAUUACGCUUUAAGGAAGAAUUUUACAUUAGCAAACAUCGUUAGUAAAUACGGAGUUCAUAUUCAGAAGGAUACCUCACGACAACCACGUACAAAAGUUGAAGCUUGUUUCACCUGUAAUGAUGAAGUAUCCACAGCAGAUGUCACGCAUGCAAGUCAUGAACGCACAGAUUUAAAAUCAGCGAGAAAAAUUGUUACGACGGAUAUUCAGAAGAGGAUUCUUCAGAUAAAGGAAAACAACGUCGCAGAAGCAAAAGAAAUUAAACGUCAACGCAAAAGAAUAGCUGAAUUCAGAAAAAAAGAACUGUCGGCGGUGGAUACCGUCAAACAUGAAUUCAACAUUAGUUUAAAUGAAUUAGAGCAAAGACGAGAUUCUCUUCUACAAGACAUCAAACUGCAUUCAGACCGAGUUUGCACACAAGAAGGGGCCGUUCAAAAAUGGCAAGAACAUGACGGGAAAAUAAAAUCAACUCUGAAAGAAAUACAAAGAUGUGAAUCAAAAGAAAAGCUUGAUAAAAUGAAAGUAAAGGAUCUCCUGCAGUUGAGGUCAAGGUAGGUACAAUUACAUCUGUCGUUACCUAAAAGUACCUUUGAAUGUUUUAAUUCUGUUUUGCGUUUCUUAUCGAUAAUUUUUUCACUCAUAUAGUUGUAGGUAAAGUGUCACAUAAUUGUACAUAUACAUGACGCUCGAGGCCGUAGCAAUGAGGGUUUCUUUAUUGUGUCAACGCCUUCCUUUAUCUACAUGAAGGCCAUCCGUUUCAAGGCCAUAUCCGAAAUACUCGUCACUUACUCUUUAAAUGUCUGAAGCGUAGUGAAGGAACAGCCACAACCUAUUGUAUACAUAUUACAAAUGGCAUAGCAGCUAGAAUCAAGAGCUAAACCUGGGACCUAUCACUUGUUUAGCAAAUUAAAGACAGGCAAUGUAACUAUGAUU